AUGUCUAUCCAGAGUUAUCAGAGGUCCUGGUUUCUCAACUGGUCGGUGAUGGCCAGAAAAUGUCAGAAGAGGAUACUGCUCCUGCUCAAAUGGAAGAGCUGGAGAAAGCUCCUACCAAUAACGUUGCCGUCUUCAUCUGAUUUAAUUGAUUUCCAACAAGCUAGAACACCAAAGCUACUCUCCAAACUCGAUGCAAUAUCUGAUGUUCCAGUCGAUUUGCUACCAAAGAAAGAAGAUCUUUCAAAUCGAAUCGACAUGAUUAACAAGAAAUUAGACGAUCAAGUGCAUGAAAUGGAGGAUUUCGAACAGAAAACUGUUGACUUGCAAAACGUUGUUGAUGAAUGCCGUGGUAAACUGAGAAUUCGUGAUACACCUGCUCCUAUCGAUGAUGUGACUAAGGAUGAGCAAGAUCUGUCAGCAAUUCUUGUCGCUGUCGAUUCAAUUCCACAAGAAGAUCUUUCACCGAGGAAUCAAUUGGCUCGAGAUGUGAACAAUAUUAAAGAACAAGUGAAGGGUCAAUUGGCAACCUUGCGGAAAGCUCUACCGGAUGAAAUGAAAGCACGUCAACAACAAGAUGAACUCAAGGAUCGCCUAUCAAGUAUUGCUGAUGCUUUGACAAGAGUCGAUCCUGAGAAUUUGGAAUCAGCUAAGCAACAAAUGGCAUCAAUUGAUACUGAACUACAGAAACUGAGUGGUGUCGCGGAUGCGUAUCAGCAAUUCGCUACCAGCCCAUCAUCAGUUGUCAGUCACGAUGAUCUCGAUAAGACUCUACCGGAACAAGUGCAGAAGUUGAAGAAGGAAUGUGAUGAGAAGAAGAAGGAUAUCGAACAGAUUGCGCAGUUGAAGUCAGUUGCGCCUGAGAUUCUUCUCAUUUCCGAAAGUCUACAGCAACAACCUGAAGAGAUACCACACAAUCUCAACGAUCAGCAAUCAGUGCUUGAGGAACUCGAGACAAAGAAGCAACGUCUUGAAAAUCUCAUACAAACGAUCCCUGUUGGCGAAGCGACGGAAGAGCUGCGACAGAGGAGCGCAUGGGAUCUGUCGAGACUGAAAGAUCUACUGAAAAGGCUUGGUGAUUCAGUUGGAGAUAAGCUUGCUGCGUUAGCUGCAUUCAAUGUUGCACGCAAAGAUGCUGAAGAUCAACUGUUGAUGAUCACUAGCCCAGAAAGUGACGAUAGAACACCUGAUGAUUUGAAAAAGGACGAAGAAUCGCUUCAAAGACUUCAGCAGAGUAUUUCUCAACUUGACAGUAGCGAUCUGGAUGAUGAACAACGUGAUGAACAUGCCCAACUGUUGGAUCGCAUCAAUAGGACGCUAGCUAUCCUAAAGCAACGUCGAAGCGAUAUAGAAGCAGAGAUUGCCCAGCGUACGGCCGAUGAAGCGCUAAGAGAUGCAAUCGCUCCGGUGACGAAUCGUCUUGCUCAACUUGUCAAUGAUGCUGAUCGCUUGUUAGGAGAUGCCGAAGGAGUACCAGCACAAUAUAGACCAAGUGCUGAAGAGCUGAGCAAUGAAUGCAAGAAAGCUGUUGAACUUCUACGGAACGCUCCUAAGACUCAUCCAUCCGUGGAAACUCUUGAAACUGCGCUUUCAUCCGCUGAGAACAUGAUUCCAGUUCUAGAGGAACGUGCGAAUAAUUGGGAUGAAUUUGUGAAGGUGAGGGAUGAAGCCGAUGUUGAAUUGGACAAAUUGAGGCAACCACUUGAUGAAGUGUUGGCGAAACCACGUAGAACAAUCAACGAUGCCAAACUUGACUUUGAUGUAAUAUCUGCCGAACGUCAAAAAUCUCAUAUACUCGAUGGUAAAGUUCGUCGACUUCAAGAACUCUCGGAACUGCUUGAUCCUUUGGACAGCGCCUACGCUGACGUUCGUUUCAUCGACGUUGACGCGGAACAGACAGUGCAACAAUACGAUGAUGUGCUGAAUGAUUCCAAAUUCCAGCAUUACGAGCAACUUUCGAUGCUACAACAGAAACAUGAUGAAGCCAAUCACGGUCGUAAGCAUGUUGAUCCAGACUCGUCGCGCUUGUCGAUUUUGAACGAUCGUAUGGGUUCGUUGGAUGCGUUACUCCGCGAUGCGAAAGCAUCGACAGAGAAGGACGAACAGGAUCGCCUCAACGAACGACUUCGAAUCGGAAUAUUCGAAUUACAAUCGAUACCUCUUCGUGAUUUAUCUGAAAAGUCGUUGGAUGACAUCGAGAAAGAAAUCCAUGUUCUGCCAAGUGAAAACGCAGAACCACUUCAGAAGCAGAUCGACGACAUGCGUAAGUCGAAGAAACAACAUGACGAUGACCUACGACAAGCACAAGAACAUGCGAUCGCAACGCUUCCAUCUACACGUGAUAUUGAGACACUUGAAGCGAAUUUGGGACGUAUGCGAGACGCUCGAGAUAGUUUAGCGAAUGUAUCACCAGAUCUGUUAGCUGAAGAGAAUAUUGGGAACAGAGUGGAGGAUCUGAGAAAAACCAUUGACGAUUUAUCGAAACGUGAUGAAGAAGAGCUACAGAAGAUGCUAAUUGAUCGUGAUACUCGCAACAACGCCAUCGAGUCAUUGGAGCAAAUUCAGCGUGAAGUGGAAGAGCUGGAGAAAGCCCUACCAAUAACGUUGCCGUCUUCAUCUGAUUUAAUUGAUUUCCAACAAGCUAGAACACCAAAGCUACUCUCCAAACUCGAUGCAAUAUCUGAUGUUCCAGUCGAUUUGCUACCAAAGAAAGAAGAUCUUUCAAAUCGAAUCGACAUGAUUAACAAGAAAUUAGACGAUCAAGUGCAUGAAAUGGAGGAUUUCGAACAGAAAACUGUUGACUUGCAAAACGUUGUUGAUGAAUGCCGUGGUAAACUGAGAAUUCGUGAUACACCUGCUCCUAUCGAUGAUGUGACUAAGGAUGAGCAAGAUCUGUCAGCAAUUCUUGUCGCUGUCGAUUCAAUUCCACAAGAAGAUCUUUCACCGAGGAAUCAAUUGGCUCGAGAUGUGAACAAUAUUAAAGAACAAGUGAAGGGUCAAUUGGCAACCUUGCGGAAAGCUCUACCGGAUGAAAUGAAAGCACGUCAAAACAACAAGAUGAACUCAAGGAUCGCCUAUCAAGCUAAGCAACAAAUGGCAUCAAUUGAUACUGAACUACAGAAACUGAGUGGUGUCGCGGAUGCGUAUCAGCAAUUCGCUACCAGCCCAUCAUCAGUUGUCAGUCACGAUGAUCUCGAUAAGACUCUACCGGAACAAGUGCAGAAGUUGAAGAAGGAAUGUGAUGAGAAGAAGAAGGAUAUCGAACAGAUUGCGCAGUUGAAGUCAGUUGCGCCUGAGAUUCUUCUCAUUUCCGAAAGUCUACAGCAACAACCUGAAGAGAUACCACACAAUCUCAACGAUCAGCAAUCAGUGCUUGAGGAACUCGAGACAAAGAAGCAACGUCUUGAAAAUCUCAUACAAACGAUCCCUGUUGGCGAAGCGACGGAAGAGCUGCGACAGAGGAGCGCAUGGGAUCUGUCGAGACUGAAAGAUCUACUGAAAAGGCUUGGUGAUUCAGUUGGAGAUAAGCUUGCUGCGUUAGCUGCAUUCAAUGUUGCACGCAAAGAUGCUGAAGAUCAACUGUUGAUGAUCACUAGCCCAGAAAGUGACGAUAGAACACCUGAUGAUUUGAAAAAGGACGAAGAAUCGCUUCAAAGACUUCAGCAGAGUAUUUCUCAACUUGACAGUAGCGAUCUGGAUGAUGAACAACGUGAUGAACAUGCCCAACUGUUGGAUCGCAUCAAUAGGACGCUAGCUAUCCUAAAGCAACGUCGAAGCGAUAUAGAAGCAGAGAUUGCCCAGCGUACGGCCGAUGAAGCGCUAAGAGAUGCAAUCGCUCCGGUGACGAAUCGUCUUGCUCAACUUGUCAAUGAUGCUGAUCGCUUGUUAGGAGAUGCCGAAGGAGUACCAGCACAAUAUAGACCAAGUGCUGAAGAGCUGAGCAAUGAAUGCAAGAAAGCUGUUGAACUUCUACGGAACGCUCCUAAGACUCAUCCAUCCGUGGAAACUCUUGAAACUGCGCUUUCAUCCGCUGAGAACAUGAUUCCAGUUCUAGAGGAACGUGCGAAUAAUUGGGAUGAAUUUGUGAAGGUGAGGGAUGAAGCCGAUGUUGAAUUGGACAAAUUGAGGCAACCACUUGAUGAAGUGUUGGCGAAACCACGUAGAACAAUCAACGAUGCCAAACUUGACUUUGAUGUAAUAUCUGCCGAACGUCAAAAAUCUCAUAUACUCGAUGGUAAAGUUCGUCGACUUCAAGAACUCUCGGAACUGCUUGAUCCUUUGGACAGCGCCUACGCUGACGUUCGUUUCAUCGACGUUGACGCGGAACAGACAGUGCAACAAUACGAUGAUGUGCUGAAUGAGUUGUCGAGUGAAAUCGAAGACGAAAGCCUGCUAUGCGAUUCACAACCAACAAAGGAGACUAUUGAGAACAUAGAACAGUUCCAAAUUCCAGCAUUACGAGCACAACUUUCGAUGCUACAACAGAAACAUGAUGAAGCCAAUCACGGUCGUAAGCAUGUUGAUCCAGACUCGUCGCGCUUGUCGAUUUUGAACGAUCGUAUGGGUUCGUUGGAUGCGUUACUCCGCGAUGCGAAAGCAUCGACAGAGAAGGACGAACAGGAUCGCCUCAACGAACGACUUCGAAUCGGAAUAUUCGAAUUACAAUCGAUACCUCUUCGUGAUUUAUCUGAAAAGUCGUUGGAUGACAUCGAGAAAGAAAUCCAUGUUCUGCCAAGUGAAAACGCAGAACCACUUCAGAAGCAGAUCGACGACAUGCGUAAGUCGAAGAAACAACAUGACGAUGACCUACGACAAGCACAAGAACGUUUGGCUAUGAUCGAAGAUGCGAUCGCAACGCUUCCAUCUACACGUGAUAUUGAGACACUUGAAGCGAAUUUGGGACGUAUGCGAGACGCUCGAGAUAGUUUAGCGAAUGUAUCACCAGAUCUGUUAGCUGAAGAGAAUAUUGGGAACAGAGUGGAGGAUCUGAGAAAAACCAUUGACGAUUUAUCGAAACGUGAUGAAGAAGAGCUACAGAAGAUGCUAAUUGAUCGUGAUACUCGCAACAACGCCAUCGAGUCAUUGGAGCAAAUUCAGCGUGAAGUGGAAGAGCUGGAGAAAGCCCUACCAAUAAACGUUGCCGUCUUCAUCUGA